AUGCCUGGAAUGGUGGUUUUCGGUCGUCGGUGGGGGAUCGCCAGUGAUGAUCUUGUUUUCCCUGGAGCAUUCGAGCUGUUCCUCCGCGUACUUUGGUGGCUGGGCACCAUCAUCCUGUACACUUAUCACAAGGGUCAUUUUGAUUGUAACGGGAAUGGGGUGCUUCACAUCUAUCUGAUUGGAUUGUUGGUGGUGUUGGCACUCAUCAUCCUGUCUCUAUGUGCCAUUGUGUAUGUCAGCGCUCAAGGUACUAUAACAAACCCGGGGUCACGACGCUCCAUGCCAACGCUGGUGUACCUGCGAGCUCUCCUGUACCUACCAGAGCUGGUGUGGGCCUCUCUGGGGGCCGUGUGGGUAUCUGAUGAUGGUAAAGGUUGCGACCCGGCGACGGUUGGGGUCGUCAUCGCGGCAGUCGUCGCCAGUUGGAUCAUCCUGCUCUUCACUGCUCUGGGUGUCAUAUUUGUCUUCGACCCACUGGGCGAUCCUCGGCCUUCCGGUGCUCCCACGGAGCCACUGGGUGUGCGACACUUAGAGAGCAGCGGAGGAACUCAGUUCCUUUCCACAGCACGCUCACUAGCCGUCAAGGUGUGGGAGAGCAGGCUGCGACUUUUGUGCUGCUGCCUGCCGCAGGAUGAAAGCAACAGAGCGGCGUUCUCCAGCAUCUCACAGCUUGUCAGCGGAUUCUUCUCUGACACUGACUUGGUUCCCAGUGACAUUGCUGCUGGUUUGGCUUUGCUGCAUCAAGAACAGGACAAGCUGGAGAGGAGCAGAGAUCCAGAUGGCGUUUUAGAUCACAGUCCAUCCUCUCCCAUUGAAGAAGACCUGGAGUCAGAGUUGGAGCACUCUGUCCAUUUAAUGCAGUUUGCCGCUGCAGCUUAUGGUUGGCCUUUGUAUAUUUACUCCAACUUUCUCACUGGACCCUGCAAGCUUUGCGGAGACUGCUGUAGGAGUCGCCCCGGCGAGUAUGACAUUGUUGGGGGAGACCACCUCGGCUGUCAUUUUUCUUCCAUUCUGCAAAGCACCGGAUUGCAUUACAGAGAUUUCAUCCACGUCAGUUUCCACAACCAGAUCUACGAGAUCCCAUUCUUUGUCUCUCUGGAUCAUAAGCGGGAAUUCAUUAUUGUUGCUGUCAGAGGAACCCUGUCAUUAAAGGAUGUCCUGACAGACCUUUCUGCUGAAUGUGAGAACCUGCCCAUGGAUGGUGUGACCGGCGCCUGCUACGCUCACAAGGGCAUCAGCCAGGCGGCAUCUUACAUAUAUAAGAAACUGGUCAAUGACGGAAUCCUGAACCAAGCAUUCACUGUUGUGCCAUACAAACUGGUCAUUACGGGUCACAGCCUGGGUGCAGGCGCCGCUGCAGUGCUGGCCAUCCUAUUGCGCAGCUCCUUCCCCACGCUGAAGUGCUACGCAUUUUCUCCACCAGGGGGACUUCUGAGCAAAGCCUUAGCUGAUUACUCCAAGGACUUUGUGGUGUCUGUUGUACUGGGAAAAGACUUGGUUCCACGAUUGAGCCUUCCCAAUAUGGAGGAUCUAAAAAGAAAAAUACUGAAGAUUGUUUCAAAUUGCAAUAAACCUAAAUACCGUAUCCUUUUGCAAGGAUGCUGGUACGAACUGUUUGGAGGAGAUCCAGAUGACUUUCCUUCCGAAAUGGAGAACAGAAGGGAGCAGGAGCUCAGUCAGCCCUUGCUCGGCGAAGAAUCGCUUUUGAUCCGCAACUCGUCGUCCUAUCAAAGCCUGGCGUCGGACGACUCACCUGUUCACACUGUGCCACACAUGCCUCUUUUCCUGCCAGGACGCGUUCUACAUAUUUUGGAAGAUGGCUCCACGCGCAGGUCUUGUAUAUCCCAGGUUCGAUACCGUGCAGAGUGGUCAAACGAAAUGGCAUUCAGGAGCAUUCUGAUCAGCCCCAGGAUGCUAGUGGAUCACAUGCCGGAUGGUGUGCUUCGAGCUCUUGAGAGCCUGACCAGAGACAAGCCCUACUCCCUCUGCCCGUCAUCCUCAAACCACAGCCAGCACAACAUUGUCUGA